GCCAAGGGUUCUCCGGAUCUUUUCUUUGUACACCGGUGAGGCAAUGCUGGUCAUAUGCUACUUUUUUGGUCCUUGAUUUACACUAUCCAAGCUCGGAGUUAUAGGACUGAUGAACAUUGGGUUCCAAUCAAAGGCAAUAGAGUAUAUGCGAGGACUUGCAGGACUUGGGGUGAGAUUUAUAUGAUGUCGAUGACCACAGACUUCAUCUCACUUUCAUCUCACGACUUUUCUUGCUUAUGACGCGAGUUUAUAUGUUAUACACAUUUGUAUAUUCUGCUGCCACGGUAUACUUUUUGCUAUCACCGUAACCUUGAUUUUUUUCCAUACUCUGGUUUACAUAGAAUCACUUUUACAAGCCCAUUACAAAACCACAUCUCACAAUGCUUAUCCGCAUACCCAUAAAUCUGCUUUUCCUGAUACCUCUGGCAACCGCGAAAACCACAACUGUUACAACAGUCACGGAAUCAGCAGCCUCUCAACCAACUUCUACAUCAUAUACCUCUGAUUCUCAAUUCCAAUCCGAUAUGAUCGCGGCGCACAAUUUCUAUCGGGCAGAACAAAAUGUUAGUAACUUGGAGUGGAAUGAUACCAGUGCGAAAAUUGCGAAGAAUUGGUCCAAAGGUUGUGAAUUUAAACAUUCUGGCGGACCGACAGGCGAAAAUCUAGCAGCCGGCUAUCCCAAUGCGACCUCAUCCGUCGACGCCUGGGGUCUCGAACGCCUCAAAUAUUCGUACUCCUCUCCAGGUUUUAGCGAAGAUACAGGUCACUUUACACAAUUAGUCUGGUCAAACACCACAUCUGUCGGAUGCGCGCGUACCAAUUGUGCAGGCGAAAACGAUACGCCGGGAUGGUAUGUAGUGUGUGAGUAUUGGCCAGCAGGGAAUGUUGUAAAUGGGAGGAAGGGGGAUAAAGAGGAGUUUUUUAAAGACAAUGUGAAAGAGCAGGUUAAAGGGGAAGCGAGUGAUACGGUGGAGAGUGGAGUUACGAGUGCAGGGAGUAGUAUUGCGGGAGGUAGUGUGGUGGGGUGGAGGGGGAGAGAAGGAGAAUUGAGAUGGGGUGUUUUAAUGGGAGUUGUGGCUGUAGGGGCUGCGGGGUUAAUGUUUUAAGAUGUGUAUUUGAUUGGGAUUUUGGGACGGGGAAAGGCGAAUGGAGGAGAGACACAAGAAGGGUGUUUUGCUUAAGCGCGGUGUUUGGGGCUCUGUAUUUACCCUGGGAAAAAGGAUACAGACAUGAUAUCAGGUGUAGAGGAACUAGUUUGGCAAUUUGUUCAGUCAGAAGAAUAUACCCCAUGAUAUAGAAGAAUGGGGCUAGGUACCUCCUCGAUGGAUUUGAUAUGUCACAGGGCAGAAUAAAUCUUAGCUAUUCCUGUUCAGGUAUAAAUGCGAUUUCUCC